AAAUUGUAUUAUUACUGACUCUCUCUUUCUCCUCUUAAGUCUCUCACAACCUAAAACAGAAGUACUCUCUCCUGUUCCAUUUUUUUUAACCUAAAAAAAAACACAAGCCAGAAGUUAUGGGGAUGGAUGAAUAACACAAACUACUGAAACACAUCAAACACGCACACGUCUCUCAGAUUGACUCCUAGGUUUUUCAUCUCGAUCGUUUUUUGUUUCAGUAGCAGCAAAACCCUAGCUCGGUUCUCUAUACCACGAUUCUUUUAAGCGAAUGUAGUUUAGUUGAUGUUGGAUGAUUAUCUCUAUGGAUUUGAAUGCUUCGCCGUUACCUGAAGAUGAUGAAGAAGAGAUAUUUGGAGCACAAGUCGAAGAGGAGAUUGCACAUGAGGAGCACAUAGAGACUGCAGUUGAAACGUUGCGCAGAGAGCGUGAAGAAAGACGGCAACGAUUAAAAAGAGAUUUGCCAGAUGAGGGUCCAAAACGCGUUGUACAACAACCAAGGAGAGAACCUGUCAUUAACACAAGAUUUUACGAUAAAACCAAGCUUCCACCUGGUUGGCUGGAUUGCCCUGCUGCUGGUCAGAACAUAGGGUACAUAAUUCCUUCUAAAGUUCCUCUAGGAGAAACAUUCAAUGAUUGCAUUUUUCCUGGUAAAAGAUACUCUUUGAAGCAAGUUAUUCACCAGCAAAAAGUUUUAGGAAGAGAACUUGGUUUAGUCAUUGAUCUGACCAAUACCACCCGCUAUUAUCAACCGUCAGAUUGGAAGAAACAGGGUAUCAAGCAUGUUAAGAUUGCGUGCAAGGGUAGGGAUUCAGUACCUGAUCCCGAGUCUGUGAAUACAUUUGUUUACGAGGUUUUACAAUUCUAUUCGCGUCAGAAGCAAACCAAGAAGCAUAUCCUUGUUCAUUGUACUCAUGGGCAUAACCGUACGGGGUUCAUGAUUGUUCAUUUUCUCAUGCGGUCACAGCCGUUGACUGUCUCUGAUGCAAUUCAAACUUUUCAGAAUGCACGCCCUCCAGGAAUAUAUAAACAGGAAUACAUUGAUGCAUUGUACGCAUUCUAUCAUGAAAGGAGGCCCGAAAAUGUAAUUUGUCCCAACACUCCGGAGUGGAAAAGAUCAUCUGAUCUUGAUCUGAAUGGUGAAGCUAUGCCUGAUGAUGAAGAUGAUGGUGGUAUUGUUACUGCUUCCCAGGACAACCAGGUGCCAACUGAAGUGCUGACGAAUGAUGACGUUCUGGGAGAUGCAAUACCGUGGGACCAACAGGAGGCAAUGAGACAAUUCUGCUAUCAUAGUCUAAAGCUGGGAGCAGGGGCAAAAGGAAUCACCCAGUUUCCUGGAUCACACCCGGUUUCACUCAACAGGGAAAACUUACAAUUGUUGAGGCAGAGGUAUUACUAUGCUACAUGGAAAGCAGAUGGUACACGAUAUAUGAUGCUUAUAACUUCUGAUGGAUGCUUCUUGAUAGAUAGAAAUUUUAAUUUCCGAAGGGUUCAGAUGCGAUUUCCUAUGAAACAAACGAACGAGGGUCUCGGAAGAGAUACUCACAAUCUAACACUACUUGAUGGUGAGAUGGUAAUUGAUACCUUGCCGGAUACACAGAAGAAAGAAAGAAGAUACCUGAUCUACGAUCUUAUAACAAUCAAUUCAGUAUCUAUCAUAGAGCGGCCUUUCUGCGAAAGGUGGAAGAUGCUUGAGAAAGAAGUUAUUGAACCUCGUAAUCUCGAACGCCAGUAUAUAUAUCAAAGCAGAAAUCCUUAUUACAGAUAUGACUUGGAGCCAUUUAGAGUUAGAAGAAAGGACUUUUGGUUGCUAUCUACGAUUACCAAACUUCUACAAGGAUUCAUUCCUAAGCUUUCACAUGAGGCUGAUGGUCUUAUAUUUCAGGGUUGGGAUGAUCCUUAUGUUCCCCGCACACACGAAGGGCUUUUAAAGUGGAAAUACCCUGAGAUGAAUUCCGUCGAUUUCCUCUUUGAGGUGGUUGAUGAAAAUCGUCAAUUACUUUAUCUAUAUGAACGAGGGAAGAAGAAGCUGAUGGAUGGGAAUCAUGUUGACUUUAAGAAUGGAGAAGAUCCGUCAGAAUUAUCAGGAAAGAUUAUCGAGUGUUCCUGGGAUUCUGAGGAACAAGUCUGGAAUUGUAUGCGUGUCAGGGUAGAUAAGUCCACCCCGAAUGAUAUCAAUACUUACAGGAAGGUUAUGCGGAGCAUAAAGGAUAACAUCACAGAGGAGGUCUUGUUAGAAGACAUUGGAGAGAUUGUCCGCUUGCCCAUGUAUGCUGAUCGGAUAAUGAAUGACAGCAAGGCUCACAGCAGGCAGCACUCAGGACGACGAAGGUGAUCUGCACAACAGAUUCCAGCCCAGGGUUUUUCACCUAAAUCCUAAAGCACAUACACGCCGGGUGCAUGUACUAAGGCAAUAUUGUAUAAUUGCUAAAUGCCGAUAUUCCUUUUAUGUAGAAUUAGAUGUAUGGUAGAUAUGGGUUUGUCUAAUCAAUUGAAAUGUAGAUGGUAUUAAAUUUGCAUUUCUGCUUUUCUAAUAGUGUUCUGUUUAGGAGAAUAUUAUUACUGAGUUAUUAUUAUUUAGUUGCAGUUUGAGUCGGCACUACCUUUUCCACUUGCUUAAA